GUCACUCUUAUCGGUCAAGGUCAUAUCUGCUAUCUUAUGUCAAAGUGAUAGCUUCCCGAACUACACGUUGUUGUAUUUUCAUGAGCACUAAUUCAAUAUUUAUAAAUAAAAAUGUUAACAUAUGAAAAUAAAAUAAUUCUUGCACCAAUGGUGCGUAUAGGUACUUUACCUAUGCGUCUUUUGGCGCUACGAUAUGGCGCUGAUUUGGUUUAUACGGAAGAAUUAAUUGAUUGGAAAUUUUUAAGAUCUAAGCGUAAAUACAAUGAAAUAUUAAAAACUGUGGAUUUUGUGGAUCAAACUGAUGGCACAAUAGUCUUCCGUACCUGUGAUGAAGAAAAGGAAAAAGUCAUAUUGCAGCUGGGGACAUGUGAUGCAGAAAGAGCUUUAAAAGUCGCAAAACUAGUGGAAAAUGAUGUAGCUGGUAUAGAUAUCAAUAUGGGAUGUCCCAAAGAGUUCUCCAUAAAAGGAGGCAUGGGAGUUGCAUUGCUAUCUCAGCCAGACAAAGCAUACAACAUCUUAUCCACUCUAGUAAACAAUAUAUCAAUACCUGUGACUUGUAAAAUAAGGAUAAAGGAAACACCAGAAGAGACAUUGAAACUAGUUGAGAAACUUGUAAGUUCAGGAAUUAAGGCAAUAGCAAUACAUGGUAGAACAAAAGAUGAAAGACCACAGCAUGCAGUUCAUCCGGACAUCAUCAAAUAUGUUGCACAAAGGAUUCCUAUACCCGUUAUAGCCAAUGGUGGAUCUAAAGAAAUUGAAAAACAUAGUGACAUUUAUAAAUUUAAAGAAAUGACAGGAUGUAGUAGUGUUAUGCUUGCACGAGCUGCUGAAUGGAACUGUUCCAUAUUCCGGAAACAAGGCUUGCUCCCAAUGGAUACUGUUAUAGAAGAGUAUCUUAAAUUAGCAGUGGAAUAUGACAAUGCACCAGCAAACACCAAAUAUUGUAUACAGAAUGUUUUAAGAGAACUACAAGACACCCCCAGGGGUCGACAAUUUUUAGACUGUCAAACUCUUGAACAAAUAUGUGCUAUUUGGGGUUUAGGCGAGUACUGUCAUGAAAAACAGUCAAACUAUCAAAAGAUGGGUAUUCAAGGAAGAUGGCAAGUGUCUCCUGAGGAUCUUGAACCUCCUCAAAAGAAGAUAAAAUCUGAUAUUUGUACUGAUGAUGUCAUACAAAAGAAGGUAUGUUUUAUCAGAGCUAGCUUUUCCGACACAGAUUUACCCAAAACUAAACUUCAUGCAUGGGCAGGUAAAAAUGGUAUUAGUUUACCUACUUAUGAGACCCAGCAAGUGGAGAAACUAUUUCGUACUAUAAUUACUUUUAACAAAAAGAAGUACACAUCAACAUUUUGGGAGAAAAAUAAGAAAUUUGCUGAACAAGGAGCAGCUUUAGUAUGUCUUUUCUAUUUAGGACUGGUCACAGAAGAUGAUUUAAUUAAACUUGGUAGCAUAAUAAAGUGAAUUUAAUAGUUGUGGAUGUUUCCAACCUGUGUUAAAUCUAAAUAUUAAAUUGAGUAUGCAGAAAUACAUAUUUAAAUAAAACAAA